GAAGGUUAUAUGUGACCAUUGAUAUUUUUAAGUAGUUCAGUGUUACCAAAAUUACGAUGGACCCGUCAAAAAGAGACGACAUAUUGAAUCAAGCAAGACAAGAAAUUGCACUAGCAAAUGCACAGAUGUUACUACAGACUGUUGCAGAUAAAUGUUUCAGAAAAUGUGUUUACAAACCAGGAGCCUCAUUGGACAACUCAGAACAGAAAUGUGUAGCCAUGUGCAUGGACAGAUAUAUGGAUGCUUGGGAUUUAACGGCAAAAACAUACGCCAGUAGGUUACAACGAGAAAUGUCAUAGAAGUUUAUACAUUGUCAGGGAACUUUGAAAUUUUCAAGACGAAUGGAUGGACAAAAAAGGAACAAGGACAGCAGAAAUAGGAUAGUAGAUGUCAGGAUUGUUAUGUGUCCAGUGACCAGCGCCCUAACGUCAAUAUACAUCUGUAUACAGGGUACAUUUUAGUGGUCUUAGUACUGUUGAUGUGUGAACAGACAUCUGCAAUCUACAGAAAAAGCCAUGCAGAUAUUCAACAUGAUCUUUUCUGUCAUAUUUCUUGCCAAUCUGUAUAUCAGAUUUACACAUUGUGACAGAAAUGAAAAUAAGACUUAAAAAAUAUAUGUCCUACUCUGAAUGUAAAACCAGUCUGUAUAUCAAAUCAAAUUAAAAUAAAAAGUUCUUAGUCAGAAUUAUCAGUGGAAAAUUACAUAAUGUCCAUACCACAUAUUACAUUUCCAUUGUGUUACGAUCACUUAAUUUUUUUUUUUUUUAUUUACUAAAACAAAAUAAUUUAUAAGUUAAAAAUGCAUAUUGGAUUCAUCAAGAUUUCCUAGGUGCAUGCAAUCUGCUAUGUAAUACGGUAUCAGGGGAAUUCACAACUUAUUCAUUCUGUGUAUUCUUGUUUUAUUGAAGUUUGAUAUUAUGACAGGAAUCAGAGGGAUGGGAGACAGACCAAAUCAGAGUUAAAAAUGGUACCUGAAUUAAAUAUUUGGGGAAUUCAUCGACCAGCUUUAAGUAUUCCUAAUUAUAAUAUGUGGAAGAAAUCUUUGAUGUUUCAAAUCAUCAGUCAUCCAUGUUAGUAGACACUACAACCAGUUACAGUACUCAGUGUGCUUACCAUUCUGUGAGUUAUUUUCAUAUACACAUGUAUGUUUGAUUUUGAUAUGUAAAAUAUUAAUGAAUAAAAAAAACAAUUUAU